AUGCCUCCCAAGAAACCGGCAAAGAAACCUGCUAAAAAGCCUGUCAAAAAGCCUACCAAAAAGCCGAAGCCGCUUGUCAAGAAACCCGUCAAAAAGCCCGGCAAGAAGGGAGUGAGGCUACCCAACAAGAAGCCCAUCAAGAAAUCACCUGUGAAGAAGUCCCCUUCCAAGAAGCCAAAACCGCCUGUGAAGAAGCAUCCGCCGCCGAAGAAGCCACCUGCAAAGAAGGCACAAGUCAAAAAGGUCCCAGCCAAGAAACCUCCCUUGAAGAAACCGUCAGUCAAGAAACCUUCCUCGAAGAAACCGCCAGCCAAGAAGCUUCCGACCAAAAAGUCUCCGGUCAAGAAAGCUCCGGUCAAGAGAGCCCCAGUCAAGAAGACUCCCGCCAAGAAGGCACCAAUCAAGAAGGCACCAAUCAAGAAGGCACCAGCCAGAAAAGUCCCAAGCAAAAAGCCUCUUGUCAAGAAACCGCCGGUCAAAAAGUCGCCAGUCAAGAAGACUCAAACCAAGAAGUCUCCAACCAAGAAGCCAACUAAACCGCCUCCGUUAUCCAAGAAGCCUGAGAAGAAGCCAGCGCCAGCCAAUCAUCCUGAGAAGAAGCUGCCAGCCAUCUCAAGGCCCGAGAAGAAGCCUGACAAGCCCGACAGCAAGCCGCGGUCUAUCAAAGGUCCUGACAAGAACUCCGACAAGAAGAAACCUCCGAACAAGAAGCCAGAGUCUUCCAAGCCCUCGUUGAAGUCAAUCAUCAAGAACCUUUUCAAGAAGAGACCAUCGCCAGACAACAAGAUCAAGAACACAGCACGGCCGGAUAAGAAGAUACCUACAAGAAGAUAA